UCGACUGGGUGAGUGAUCGAGGAGACCCGAGAGUCUUGCAUAUAUCGUGAAAACUAGCAUGCAAUCAGGGAGAGAAUUACGGACACGAAACGUGGACUUACCCUCACUGUACGUCAAGGAAUUUCAUCACAACUUUCAUCACUUUCAACUUGAGAUAUAUCAACGUACGUGAAUGUACGUGUCAUGUGUGUGUAGUGUAUCACAGAGAGAUCUAGAGAGAGAGAGAGAGAGAGAGAGUUUAUAUGAUGAGUAGGUUUCAAUUAAGGACUCCAAACUUCAAAGUCCACGAAGACUAAAAAGGAGCUCCAUUGAUGUAUUGGCAACAGUAGUACUUGUUGAGGAAGGAAGGGAGGCUGCAUUUUUUCGGUUUCAGGGAGUCGUUAGAGAUCGAAGACCUGCAAAAGCAUAUUAUGAAAAGGAAUACUGAGAAACAACGUGUUAAUAUGUUAUGGAACGGGUCAGGGCUUCAUAGGCAUCUUACUGGACCCCGUUGGCGACGAGUAAAGAAGAAUGUUGCAACACUUUCUGCCGUCUUCUUCUUCCUCCUCCUCCUUGUCUGUGUCUUGCUAUUUGUAGGCUGGAUUGAUGCUUCUGUAUUUUCAGGCAGUUUCACUCAGAAAACAAUAAAAGGGGCAACAAAAUCACCACAAAAGCAAGAAUUCCCACUCAAAUGCACCAAAGGAAACCUAACAAAAACAUGUCCAAGAGACUACCCCACCACCCACAAACCCAUCGAUCCUGACCGUCCAUUACUAAACACAACAUGCCCAUCAUACUUCCGUUGGAUCCACGAGGAUCUACGGCAUUGGAAGAACACGGGAAUCACACAGGACAUGGUGGAGCGGGCCCGUAGGACUGCCCAUUUCAGGCUUGUGAUCGUGGGUGGGAAGGCUUAUGUGGAGAAGUACAGGCCCUCCAUUCAGACUAGAGACAUGUUCACUUUGUGGGGCAUUUUGCAGCUUCUGAGGUGGUACCCUGGGACGUUGCCAGAUUUGGACCUAAUGUUUGACUGUGACGAUCGGCCUGUCGUCCGAUCUAAGGACUUUCGGGGCCCAAAUGUGGGCCCGCCGCCUUUGUUUCGGUACUGUUCGGACGAAUGGAGUUUGGAUAUUGUGUUUCCGGAUUGGUCUUUUUGGGGCUGGGCUGAGACCAAUAUAAAGCCAUGGAGAAGCAUAUUGGGGGACAUAAAAGAAGGCAACAAAAGAACCAAGUGGAAGGACAGGGUACCCUAUGCUUAUUGGAGAGGGAAUCCAUCUGUGGCUCCAACUAGAAAAGACCUUCUGAAUUGUAAUGUCUCAGACAAAGAUGACUGGAACACUCGCCUAUAUGUCCAGGACUGGGGCAAAGAAUCCAAAAUAGGGUACAAACAAUCAAAUUUAGAAGACCAAUGCACUCACAGAUAUAAGAUAUACAUAGAAGGAUGGGCAUGGUCUGUAAGUGAGAAAUACAUUCUGGCUUGUGACUCGAUGACCAUGCUUGUAAGGCCUCGUUACUAUGAUUUCUUCAUCAGAGACAUGGUGCCAUUGAAGCACUACUGGCCCAUUAGAGACAACACCAAGUGCCCCUCUCUUAAGUUUGCUGUUGAAUGGGGCAACAAUCACACUCAAAAGGCUGAAGCCAUAGGGAAGGCAGGAAGCAAGUUCCUACAAGAGGAUCUAAAGAUGGAGUACGUAUACGACUACAUGUUUCAUUUGUUGAAUGAAUAUGCAAAGCUCCUGAAAUUCAAGCCAUCUGUACCGCCAGGAGCGGUCGAGCUAUGUUCAGAAAUAAUGGCUUGCGACGCUAAUGGAACGUGGGGGAAAUUCAUGGUGGAGUCCAUGGUGAAGUCUCCUAGUGAUUCAACCCCAUGCACCAUGCCUCCUCCUUAUGAUCCUUCCUCGCUACGGGGAUUUCUAGACAGCAAGGAUAAAUCGAUAAAGCAAGUGGAAAUGUGGGAAAACGAAUACUGGCAGAAUCGAAACAAGAAGCAAUAGAUUUGUGUGUGUUUUUUUUGUGUUUCAUAUCUAUGCUUAACUAUAUAUAUAUAUAUAUAUAUAUAUAAGCAAUUACUUGUAUUCUCUAAGUUCUUGCAUGGAGAUGUUAGUGUACUCAUUGAUGAAUGUUAUGUUAGAAACAUAUCUUCUA